AUGGUAGAAAAUGUAGAAGUUCAGUAUAUAGAGAUUCUAGAAGGACCAGAAAUUAUCCAGGAAAUUGUUUCUAAGAUUGAUAUCAUUAAAAGCAGACUGAAGGCGACACAAGAUAGACAGAAGAGUUAUCAUGAUCAACAUCGGAAAGAGAUGGAAUAUGAGGUUGGAGAUAAAGUUUUCUUGCGAGUCUCACCUUGGAAAGGAGUAAUGCGAUUUGGACAUAAAGGUAAGCCGAGUCCUCGUUAUAUUGGGCCAUAUGAUAUUGUCGAAAGAGUUGGACCGUUAGCGUACAUGUUAGCAUUACCUCCAGAGUUAGAGCAGAUUCAUAAUGUUUUCCACGUCAGUAUGCUUCGACGUUAUUGGUCUGAUCCGUCACAUGUUCUGAGAGAUCCUGAUAUACAGAUUUCUGAGAAUCUGAGUUACAUAGAGGAACCAGUUAAUAUUGUAGACCGACAGGUUAAACUAUUGCAAAGAAAAGAGAUCCCAAUAGUUAAAGUUAGUUGGCGGAAUCACAGGGUCGAAGAGGCUACUUAG